UAAAUAUAGUCAUUGAGGAAACUUUGUGUGCCAGUAUAGCAUAGUACAACAGGAGUGGAAGAUUGCUAUUGUAAUAAUACUCUUCCAUUAACAACAAAAAUAAUCAAAAUGGCACUUAUAAAUCCGGCAAUUCUUAUGGAUCCGCCAUGCGAACCUGGCUGCCCCCGAAAAAGACGUCGCUUGGAUAAUUUAACACCCGAAGAGCGAGCGCUUCGAAGAAAGUUAAAGAAUCGUGUUGCUGCUCAGACGGCCAGGGAUAGAAAGAAGGCUCGCAUGACUGAAUUGGAGGAAUCUUUGGCCAUCUUUGAAGAACAGAAUCGAAAACUCAUGAAAGAAAACAAAGAUCUCAAAUUGCGGGCUUCGUCCCUCGAAAGCGAAAACACAGAACUUAAGACACGUCUAGGCCUGUCCCCACCGUCCUCACCUACUAACAGCGAGGAAAAUACACCGUCACCCCCACCUACCCCACCCCACUCCCCCUCCCAGGAUGAACCAGCAGUUGUUGUGGUAAAGCAAGAAAAGGAAUCAUCUGAGUAUGCAGAACUCAGCGUUUCUCAGCAGAAGGAACACUCGCCGAUUCCCUUUCUUUCUCUACUCACGACUACUGUGCUACUCCAUCUCCUAAGUCUGAUGAGCUUUUCAGCUUUCUUGAAGAUUUCAAGCCAGGCAACCCCGACGAUUUCAUCAGCAUCAAACAAGAACCAGAAGACGUACUCGUCGUCUGCGCAGGAGAGCCUGAAAUCUCCGAGCUUAAAGAAGAACGAGGAGACGAAAAACUUUCAGAAGGAAUGGGGAAAGACGCAAAAAGCUUGGAACCCACCGGCGGAGAAUUCAUGACAACAAUUGAACUCGAUAAAGCAAUUGAAAAUUAUGCAGCUGGACCAAGCAUGAAUGAAAAUAUGUGGUGGGAAGAGUCGUUCCCUGAAUUAUUUCCGACACUAGUGUAAAUACUGAACUACCAAUUAUUAUUGUUGGAGAUUGAAGCAUUUACUGAAGGAAUUUGAUUGAUUGGCAGACUUCGUUGACUGACAUUUGCAGGAAUUUCCUAUUGAGACAUGAUGGAAGGUUCCAUUGAAUGAUGAGUUGAGAGACUGGAAAAACAAGCCAGCCACAGUGACUUAUCCUUGAACAAAACUAUCGAUUAUGCAAUCAAAUUGCCCUUUGUACAAAGAAUUGUAUUCAAGAUCCGUUUGGCGGAUGGAACAAUCACGUUAACAAUACGGUCAUCCCAUGACUGUAUCUAGACUCAGCCUCAGGAUUGGUUGGAACUGGUCUCCCUCGAGUUGAUCUUAGUUCCAAAACCAGGUCUAGAAAACCUUGGACUUCAACAGACUUUGCCUUCAUACACUUAGAAACUGAGAGACUUCAAUCAUACAUACGUAAUAUUAUCAUUAAGUUGAAGUACAGAAGACUGUAAUCAUUUUGAACUACCAAACUCAAAAUUGUGAUCUUUCCCAAUAAUUCGUUUCAACGAGUUAAUAAUCUUCUCCUCGCCCCAAUUAAUAUUAUGGUCUCACAAAUGCUAUUAUAAAACACGACAAUACUUAAAACACAAAAACCUCGAAUCUCAGCCAAACGUGAAUCUACUUGUAAAUACAAAAUUUGGUGAAAUCACCAUGAGACGAUAUAUCACGCCUUUGUAGGUAAAUUGUAUCACUGGAAUAUAUAAUUUAUGUAUCCCACCCAGGAUAAUAAUAUCCGUUUGGUACUAGUGUUGGGAAUAAUUUAAUUUAGUUGAAUUGUAGUAAUUUAAUAGAAAAUACAUACUUGGCCUAGUUGCGUA